ACCGGACGGUUUUCAAAUUAUCGAAGCAGUUGCCCUCUGUUCCCACGCAAUGAGUGAACAGGUGGGCGAGAAUUCCGCUGGUGGCGCCUCGGUAGGAGAUAGCGAGGGUCCAGGUCCACGCCGAGGAAGAGCACGGCCUUCAAGCGGGUCAGGGAUGGCGGGGUGGGGCGGGAAACGGUGUGCGUCAGGCGCCAGGCAGCGCGGUGUUAUGCAAGGGGGUGUCGGUGGCAAUGCAGUAGCUCGUCCAAAUCAUAGCGGAAGUACGAUGGUGCUGGGGGUGCGCUGGGCGCCGCUGGCCACGCCCCUGUCACGCCGGCUGCAGACCCUCGUCGUGGCGUGGUGGAUGUACUCGCUGUUCCUCGCUCCUUGGAUCGUCUGGGGCCUCAUCACCAUCCUCUUCCUGAACCCGCUGUUGCGAUGCCUUGUGCCGCUGUAUCUCAGUUGGAUGUACUUCGACCGGCACACCUGUGACCGCGGGGGCAGGAGAAACGGGCGGGGGCUCGGGUGGGUGCGAGGCUGCGUGCUGUGGAACCUCUUCCGUGACUACUUCCCCGUCACCCUCGUCAAGACAGCUGAGCUGCCACCCGACUCCAACUACCUGCUGUGCUCCUACCCGCACGGCAUCAUAGGCACGGGCGUGCUCUCCAGCUUCGGGACGGACGCGCUCGGGGUGAGGAAGCUGUUCCCAGGGACGACGCCCAACCUGGUCACGCUGCGGCAGAACUUCAAGGUGCCCUUCCUGAGGGAGAUGCUGCUCUCGCAGGGGUUGAUCAGCGCCGCCGACAAGAGCAUUCGCUACGCGCUGUCCGACCCCAAGAAGGGCCGCCUCGUGGUUCUGGUGGUGGGCGGCGCGGCCGAGGCGCAGCUGUCCGAGCCGGGCGACUACCGCAUCGUGCUCAAGAGGAGGAAGGGCUUCGUGCGCGUCGCCCUGCAGGAGGGCGUGCCGCUGGUGCCCGUCUUCACGUUCAACGAGCACAAGCUGCUUUCACAAGUGCGCGGCUCUUUCAUGGACCGGCUGCAGAGCUGGGCGCGGCGCUCUAUCGGCUUCGUCCCCGUGGUGCCCGUGGGCCGCGGCGUGUUCCAGUACUCCUUCGGCGCCGUGCCUCACCGGCUGCCCCUCACCGUCGUCGUGGGGAAGCCCAUCCCGGUGCAGCGGGUGGCGGAGCCCAGCCGAGAGCAGAUCGCCGACCUGAUGGACAAGUUCGAGAAGGCGCUGUUCGAGCUGUUCCACGAGCACAAGGACAAGUACCACCCUGGCGAGGACAUCAACCUCAUCGUUGACCAGUGAGCCCCGCCCCC